AUCUUGGUACGAGUACGCUGCUACCGUACAUCCAGUCUCCAAUCCCCCCCCUUCAUCUGUUCAUUGUAUCACAGACCGAAUCGAGCGAGGGAGACAAUUUAGCUCAUUGAACACUUUGAUCCCCCCCUUCCCUUCCCCUACCCCACACUCUCCCUCCUUUUACCCUAUUGCCCCCUUCCUCCCUCGUCGCCGUCCUCUUCCUCCUCACUCGCUGUAUCCCAGCUUUGACUGCAGGUCGUGUUGCCAUCUGACGCUACCACGUCGCGGAAUCCCAAUCACCUUGAUUUCUUCCGCUCCGGUACAAUCUUGUUGUCGUGAUCAAAGGUUUGUCCCUUCGACUGUCAAUCCCCCGAUCCACCAGCCCCCCCCCCUAACCACAACGCGACCUUCUCCUGACAACCAAACAGCCCCCCAUCAUCUGCCCAUCCACUCACUUGUGCCCGUCGUUAACAGCGUUCCACGGCAAACAGCUUGAUAAACGAUGGUUGACACGAAAGAAUUGAUCCGAAAGGAGGUCAAGACCCUCACCUCGUCCUCCGCCCAUGGUCGCAGCGGGUUCAUGAGGAGUGAUGGCUACUUGCAGGUAACUUGAUGUUUCCUAGGAGGAGGAAGAUAGUGUUUUAGUGUGCUGAUGUAGGACUUGGAGUAUUUUAGCUUUACCUCUCCCAGCUUCAACACAAUCCUCUGUAAAGCUCCCUUCCCCCCAUUGCUCUUUGACGUGUUUUUUAUGAUUAUUAUUCCGAUGUUCCCCCCCCCGCUCUUCCAUGACUCGCUACGCGAUGUGUACCUGGGGAAGUAUGGCGUACUGACGGCGGUUAUUUUUUUUUCUUCGCGCGUAGGCGGACCAAGAUGCUCACCUCGGGUACCCUUUCCGCCCUCCAGGAGAUCCUCGCGUCCGUUUACGCCGGUGAUCGCGACAGGAAGGGAUCCUACCUCACCCCUCGUGUGCCGAAGAUGGCCAUCUACGGUUCCCUAAUAUCCGCUCCGCUCGGUCACAUUCUCGUGACCUUGCUCCAGAAGGCGUUCGCCGGUCGCACCUCGGGCAAGAGCAAGUUGGCGCAAAUCCUAGUCAGCAAUCUUGUCGUGUCCCCCAUCCAGAACUCGGUCUACCUCGCCUGCAUGGCCGUCAUUGCCGGCGCUCGCACCGUGCACCAGAUCCGCGCCACGGUCAAGGCCGGCUUCAUGCCGAUUAUGAAGGUGUCUUGGUGCACGAGCCCCUUGGCGUUGCUAUUCGCCCAAAAGUUCCUGCCGCCGCAUGCGUGGGUGCCGUUCUUUAACCUCGUCGCCUUCGUUAUCGGGACUUAUAUCAAUGCCAUGACCAAGAAGAAGAGGAUUGCUGCGCUUAAUAAGAAGAAGGUUCGUAAAAGAGACCAUCUCAGCCCGACCGAAUUCUCCAUUGGGCCCUUUGAACUUAUGAUAUGGACAGUCGCGCGAUAGGAAGGACAUUUCCGAGACGAAGGAAUACUACGUGCGACGGGAGUAGAGGGUAGAGAGAGAGAGAGAGAGAGAGAGAAAUAGUGAUAGAAAAAAGGGAUUAUUUUUUUCUCAAUGAAA